UUCCAAAAAUUAAUUCAAAUCAAAGAGAUUUGUUAAACAUGAAGAAUUUGAAAACUGUUGAGAAUUUCACUGGAUUUCCUAUUAUUAGCUCAAACAGGCUUUUGCUUGAUCAUGGUAGACAGAAUAAUAUAUAUGCAGUGAUAAAUAGAACGAAAAGUCCAGCAGAAAAGGAGGCAAAUAGCAUUCUAGAGCAUGUAAGACUAGGAUCCAAUAUCACCACAUUAUUGAAGGGGAAGUUGAGCUUAGGAGCCAGAAUUAUCCGAAAUGGUGGAGUGGGUAAGAUCUUCAAGCAAAAGUUCAAUGUUGGAAAUGGAGAGAAGAUCUCGAAGGCUUCUCAAUGUUAUAUCUCCACAACUGUCGGUCCAAUAGCUGGUUUGCUCUUCAUCACAACUCACAGGAUUGCCUUUUAUAGUGAAAGAUCAAUUAAACUCCAGUCCUCAAGUGGAAUGUCAGCCAGAGCCCAUUAUAAGGUAUCGAUACCUUUAGGAAAGAUAAAGGGCACAAUCUUGAGCCAAAACGAGAAGAGGCCUUCACAGAAGUACAUUGGACUUGCUACUGUUGAUAACUUUGAUUUCUGGUUCAUGGGAUUUCUAAAUUAUCAGAAAACCUACACUUGCAUUCUAAAAGCUAUCUCUCUACCUCAAAAUUUUCAACUAACCCAGAAGUGAUGAUCAGAAGAUCAUUUUUAGUCGUAGAGUUUUCCUUCUUAUAAACAAGAUAAUAGUGUACAGUACUAAGAGAGUUUAUAUGUGCAUCUUGUAAAAAGCUUAUCAUUAACUAAUGUUAAGCAUUCUAAUGAA